UCUGAUGCUUCUACCUUGCAGGUCCCUGUGGCCUUCAACGAUGCUUCGUUUAGCUUCUCUGAGGAGGAGUGGAAGAGCCUGAACGAGUGGCAGAAGGAGCUUUACAGGCACAUCAUGAAAGGCAACUACGAGGCCGUCAUCUCCAUGGACGCUGCCAUUUCCAAGCCUGACCUGCUGUCACGGAUUGAGCAGGGAGAGGAUCCCAAUGCCGAGGAUCAGGAGGACUCUGAGGGAGGAGAGACCCCCACAGACCCCAGUACUGAGUUUUUCUUCCCUGGGCCUGAUGACAGCUCAUGGGGUAAAUAUGAAGAGACUCUGGCUGAAAGCCACGAAGGCUCUGAGGAAGAGGAGAGCAUGGAGGUCCCUGGUACAU